CGAGGAUGCCAGAGCGCGGCCAAAGCCUCGGUAAUUCACUCUGCUGAAUGAUUUUAGUCUGUUCUGUGGUGCACACUGUCACGUACAGCGGAAGGGUCUAACGGGCGCUGAGACACGGAAGAUGAAGAUCUUAACCCUCGCCCUUGCCCUGUGGGUCAGCGCCGCCCUGGCUCGUCGCGAGGAGAGGGGAGGCGCUAGUGGCCUGGAGGAGGAGGUCCUGGCCGAGGAGGAGGUCCUGGCCGAGGAGGAGGUCCCGGCCGAGGAUUUCGAGGAGGAAGACGCCCUCGAGGCCGUCCUUGGGAACGACGACGACGUGGACGAAGGCGGCGACGAGUGCUCGAGGCUUUCCCCGAAGGAGGUCUUCCACACGGAGCUGCACCCGAGGAUCCUCAAAGCCAUGGACGAGAUGAGUCUUUAUGUGGAAGCUGUGGUGGAGCGUGUGGAGACAGCAGUGGAAGUGCUUCUGCCUCAUGUCCCAGAUUCGCCCAUAGGAGAGCUGAAGAGCCAAGAACUAUUUUCGGAGCUUCGAGGCUUCAUGCUGGGGACGAUCCGGGACGCGUAUGAGUUGGUGAGGACGGCCUGGAGGGACCUCAUCCGCGCCCACGCUCGAGGGACGGAUAGCGAGGAGACGCUGCAGGCCCUUCAGCUCAUAAGAGAGGCUCAGCGCCAGGGCGACCGCUAUCUGAACGCCGCCCUUCAGGAGCUCUCGGUCACCAUCAAAGCCAUCGUCAUGAACAGCAUCUACGUGGUUCACAGGUCACUGCAUUUGCCCAACGACACCAGGGAGCACGACGUUGCCCAAGCCAUCCACGGCAGACUCCCGAAGGUCGCCCCCAACUUCCUGGGGAACGUGAUGGCCAAAGUGUUGGAGAGAGGAUCAGAUCCUUCUGGCUACAAGAAGAUCUUGACAGAUCCUUUACGGGAUCUCAAUAAAGCUGUUGAUGAGAUGCAUGCGACCCUCGAGACUGCCAUAGAAAGCGGGAACGUAGAGGACAUGGCGGCCUUCUGGCGGGAGGUCGUCGCUCAGAGUCACCGGCGAAUGAGAGAUGAUCCCUUGCUUGAGGAAGAUCUUGAAAUCAUUUAUCUAAACGAAACGUAUCUGACAGAACUUACUCUAAGUCUCAUGGCAACGUGGUGAGAGACAUUCCCAUUAUAGAAGAAAAAGAAAUGAAAUGGGUCAAAUCUAUUUUAAUUUUCUCCUUAAAAUCUUGUUCUGGAUUGAUCUAAUAAAAGUGUACAAUAUUA